AUGCGCCCGUUGCCGCGAGUGGCCGCCGCCGUCUUGUGCGACAGAAGCCUCCUCCAGCAGAUCGCGGGUUUUCAGGAUGGCGUGUUUGGCAAUCUUCUCCCUCUCUUUGCCCUCCAACGACACUUGGUGUGCACUCUUGCUGGCAAAAGGAGGAACCACGUGGAAGUGGACGUUGAGGUCGAAUUCCGAGGCACGGCGAUUCACUUGUCGCUGUCCCCAUUCAACUGCGUGUGGCUUGAAAAGGCACUCAAGCACGCUCUCUUGCGAGGGCAUGCAGCGUGGGUUCGUCAUGUCCUUCGAUGCAAACCAAACGUGUCCUUCCCCAAUCUGGUCGACAUUGCCGCCCAACAUGGGGAUAUCGCCAUGCUCGAGUUUUUGCACAUGCGAAAGGUUCGUGGGUCGACGGAAGCGCUCGACACGGCCAAAUCGCUGGAAAUCGUCCAGUACCUCCACGCCCGCGACUAUUCAUGUACAACGGCGGCGAUGGAUAUCGCCGCGUUACGAGGUGCCCUUGACAUCGUUCGAUUCCUCCAUGAGCACCGCCGCGAAGGAUGCACGGUGCUUGCGAUGGACUUUGCAGCGUCCAAUGGACAUUUGGACGUGAUUCAGUUUCUCCACUCGCAUCGGCGGGAAGGAUGCACAGCCAAGGCUUUGGAGAUGGCGAUCAAGCGGGGACACGUCGAUGUCGUCAAGUUUCUCCUGUGCCAUCGACACGAACAUAAAUCGAGCAGUGAUGUCGUGCGUCGAGCGUCCGAAUUGGUGGCCCGCCACGAACCCACCAUGGCGACGCUUGUUCCCGCACUUGUCUCGGUGGAUGCUGUUGUGUAA